CAGUAGCAAUUUGAGUGGCUCGCACAUUUUCUCAGAACCGCGGCAGGUGCGCAGCCAACAGAAGCUAACAUUGCCACUGUUUUAUACUGUUCUUCCAAACGAAUUGUUUGUUACACAUACAUUAGUUUAAAUGUACAAACGGAUUUGGAGUUGGUGACGUCGGUUAGCGUACUUAUUGGGGUGGGGUGGAACGAAUGGACCGCCAUUGUACCUCAGCAGGAAGGGGACGGUGACGUCACGGCCCCUCGUGUUGUGACUUUGUUUUAAAAAAAAAAGUAAGUUUUGGAGUGACUUCCCCCUUAAACAAGAAGCCAUGCAAAUAAGAUAAGAUAACACAGCAGUGUGUGUGUGUGUGUGUGUGUGUGUGUGUGUGUGUGUGUGUGUGUGUGUGUGUGUGUGUGUGUGUGUUUGUAAACAUCAUCAAUGCCGCGCCUCUGCCAUUGCUAUACCACUGUUGGACACAUCUUCCUAUGACUGGAGCCCACGCCGUGCAUAGAUCGCCGUCGCCGGGGGGUGACGACUAUCAAAGCGGUCCCGGUCCAAGUCGCCCCCCCCACCCCCACCACCACCCCACACGCACACACUCAUGUGCGCUCUGGAGAUGGAGAUGACCAAGCGCGCCAUGCACGUCAACUCCAAAGUGAAUUGUGGGAUCGACAGGAACGGCGGGGACACUGCAGAAGUGUCCGUGCCGGUGUCGCUUCCAGGGAAAAGGACGGCUCACAUGGAGGGAGACGACCUGUACCGACUGCGGGACAGAAAGUUCUUGUUGGAGGACAAGAAGCGGCUGUGCGCGCUGGCUUUGGGUGCAGCUCUGCUCGGAAUACUGCUUAUGAUCAUCCAUACUGAGAUGUGCCCCUUCUUCUACGAAGUGGGCUCAAACGUCGCCUUAUUCAUCAACUGUUCCAUCAGUCUGUCUACUGGGUGUCUCCUCAUUUUAAUCAUAGCCUUCCAUUAUAAGGACAUCAUGCUUUUCAUUAUUGACCACAAUCAGGUGGACUGGCGCAUUGCCAUGACCAGCCACAGGGUUUUUGUCAUCACGUUUGAGCUACUGGUCUGUGCUAUCCAUCCCGUCGGCAUCUACUGGGAGGCGGGCCUUCACGGCAACUCCUCUUCCUCACCUCCGCUGUGUGAUUCCGACCAUCACAGUAAGACUUUGGCGAAUUUGGAGCUGCUGCUGUCGGUGCUGAUGUUCCUGCGCUUGUACCUGGUGCACAGAGCGGUCCUGCUGCACAGCAAGGUGCUGCUGAGCGCCUCCUACAGGAGCAUCGGCUCGCUCAACAAUAUCAACUUCACCUUCCGCUUCGUACUCAAGGUCCUGAUGAACAAGUACCCUGCACGCACGCUGCUCGUCUUCAUCCUCUUCUUCUGGCUCACGGCAUCUUGGAUGCUGACUCUAUGUGAGAGGCAGACACAAGGGUCGACCGAUCACAUGGAAACCGCUUUGUGGCUUAUCGCCAUCACCUUCCUCACGGUGGGCUACGGCGACGUGGCACCCCACACUCGCUGUGGCAAGUCGGUGUGUCUCUUCACUGGAGUCAUGGGUGUAGCCUGCACCGCAAUGCUUGUCGCCGUGGUAACCAAGAAGCUUGCAUUGAAUAAAGGAGAGAAGCACGUGCACUUUUUUAUGCUGGACAUCCAGAUCUCCAAAGGGAUCCGCCAUGCAGCUGCCAACGUGCUACGUGAGUGCUGGCUGCUGCACAGAGCCAACCUGACAAAAGGAACCAGAGGAGAACAUCGGAGACACCAGAGAUGUCUUCUGGAGGCCAUCAGAGUGUUUCGUCACCUGCGCCUCAAACAGAGAAAACUGCGGGAUUAUGUCAGUGAGAUGGUGGACCUGCCAAAGAUGCAGAUGAUCAUGUGCGACCUCAGCGCCAAUUGGAAUAAUUCCUAUCGGGAGCUGGAGCAGCGUAUCCUCUCCAUGGAGCAGAAGCUUGAAGAGCUGAGUCGCUGCUUCCAGCAAACCUCAGAGCUGCUGUCCCAGGUCUUACGUCACCGCAACCCAGAGAUCAGGUGACACGACCGCAAUCUUCAGAGGAACGGCGGUGGUUUCAUCCAUCAAUAUCUAGAGGCGGUGAGCUGCUUCUACGUGCUUCCAACGAUUUGGAGAGCUCAUUUUCAGGGCUAAUCUGCACCAAUCCUGACUGCGCAAUCAGACUUUGAGAUUGUUGACCAACUCCGAGAGCUUUUUAAUAUACCCCGGCCCGCUAUUAUUGAAACUCUCCUCAAUCAGUGACUUAUUCCUGGGGAAUAAGAUGCUAUAUUUGUUGCAUGUAAUUAGCUUUUCAGUUGUCGAAAUAUGAAAUACUUAUUUGAGCAAACUCACAAAGGAGGAGAAAAAUCCAUAUUGUAUUAUAGGAAGACGCCUUUAUUUCAAAUUGUGUGAAAUGGUCCAUCUCAAAACGUAAGGCCAUAUCGAUGGGAUGCAGGUAAAGUAGUCUACAUUUAGUGUGGGGGCAUUGAAGACUGGUUCUCAGUGACUCGACUGCUUCAUCUAGUGGAGAACUAAGGAAAUAAAAUAUCAUAUACACUAUAAUAAAAUUGUGAUAUACAGGGGCAUCUAAAAAUGUUUUGAAUAUCUUUGAAAAGUUUAUUUUCAGUAGUUCAAUUCAGAAAGAGUACCCUUGAAUUACAAUAAUAUAUUUACGUCGUCCCUCUGCCUUAUCGCCUCCAUUUUCUUAUUUUUUUUUAGCAUAUUUUACAUUUUUUGUCUUAAAUUUUUAUGCACGGCUAAAUUAAGUAAAAUAUCAAUACAACAGCAGUAUUGGCUACUAGAUGAGACCAAACCAAUCAAAUCAAUCUGUUCAGUAUUGUGGCCGCUGAUUGGCUCAGCCUCAAGCAGCAUAAUUAUACUGCAUUAAGAGAGUAAAGGAGAUUGUAAUAAUGCCAUUUCAUGACUAAAGGGCUCUCAUAAUGUUGAAAAUGUACUCAGAAAGGCGUAAAUAUGUUGUUUACGCUCUAGCUAGGAACAUAUUUGAUUCAUAAUGAAUAAUUCUCAUUUAGUGGGAAUUCAUCUAUGUCCUGAAUCAUUUAACAGCGAUAAACAAGGGAUUACUGUAAUAAUUUUAAGUAUUUUGUCUUAUAAAAUUCAAUUACUCAUGAAACAGGAAAAUUGUCAAAAAGUUUAAUAUUGGUGUAAACAUCAGAUUAGCCUUUUAAUUGGUCUCAAAUCUGAAGCGAACUCCUGAAAAGAAAAGUCACCAUAAUCUAUUUUUUUUAGAUGCACCUGAAUAUGAAGGGCUUAAACAUGGUCACCCAUAAUCAGCUUUCUCAUAAGCGUAAAAAAAAUCAAAGAUCGACAUCAGUGAUACCUCAUUGGAAAACAAGCACUUUGUAAAAAACAAACAAAAAAAACUGGACAAACCUUAAGAGGAUAAACUGGAGCUUUGAUUUUUUUUAAUGUAAUACUGAAGGGAAAAACAGUGACUUAUGGAAGGAACUAUGUUUACUGUUGUAUCUUUUGCACGUUAUUAAAAGUUGUUCUUGGAAUUAAAAACAC